GAAACGACCCCCCAAAGCAGCAAAAAAGCUCGACCUUGCUUCUCCCCCUCCUCGUCGCCCAUCGAUCUUCCUCCGAUCCUACUAGAAGCACCAGGAAGCCAUGAGCCAGCCCGAAUCGGAUCCGGCUCACCCGCCGAAACCCUCCCCCGGCCCCGAUCCCAACCGCGGAGGCCCCCACACCUCCGAUUACGCGCCCUACCCCAAGCUCGAUCCCGACGAUGUCGCCCCCCCUCCUCAUCCUCCUCCCCCUGUCCCCGGCGAGGCCCCCCGUGCUCCGAUCUCCGGCAGCGCCGCCACCUCCAUGCCGACGGAGUCCAAUCCCUACGUCGCUCCCGCUUCCGCUCCAGCUCCGCAAUCGUCUGUUAAGAAUACGAUGGAUACGGUGAAGGAUGCGCUUGGGAGAUGGGGAAAGAGGGCCGCCGAGGCGACCAAGAAGGCCGAGGAUCUCGCCGGAAACAUGUGGCAGCACUUGAAAACAGGCCCCAGCUUUGCUGAUGCUGCUGUCAGCAGAAUUGCUCAGGGAACAAAAGUUCUGGCAGAAGGCGGUUAUGAGAAGAUUUUCCGGGCUACUUUUGAAACUGUUCCUGAGGAGCAGCUUCUGAAGUCAUUUGCAUGUUAUUUGUCCACGUCUGCUGGUCCAGUUAUGGGCACUCUAUACUUGUCUUCGGCAAAGCUUGCGUUUUGUAGUGACAAUCCUCUUUCCUACAAAUCUGGUGAUCAGACUGAAUAUAGUUACUAUAAGGUGGUUAUUCCGUUGCAUCAACUGAAGGCAGUCAACCCGUCAACAAGCAGGGUCAAUACGGCUGAAAAGUACAUCCAGGUUAUUUCUGUGGACAAUCAUGAAUUCUGGUUCAUGGGCUUCGUUCAGUAUGAUAGUGCGGUGAAAAAUCUUCAAGCAGCAGUACAGCCCAAUAGCUUGCAUACUGUGUAGCUGAUAUAUAUAUUUGUGGCCUGUGGUUCACCGUGCUCCAAGAGUUGUACGCAGACUGUGUCCUGCACGAUGCGAUAUCUCGAAACCAGAUACAUUUUGUGAUGUGCUCUGCUCUGAUUGGUUAAAAUUGUAAUGUUUUGUCAUUCGGAUAUGUAUAUUGUAAGAUUUGUCUGUCCUAUAGAUGUUUUGAACCGAGGUUAAACUUGAAUUUGGAAAUUUCAACUUGGUAGAUGGUGAUGCAAUUCCUUGUUGAGAAGGAGGUGCCUCUUGUUUGUUCUUUGAUUGUAAGAUGAUUCUUCUCUCCAUUCCUUUGAAAUAUUAAAUAACGCAAUCUUAAGUAUUUAACUUU